CCAGCGUCAUGCGAAAAGGGGAAGAGAAGGGGGAUGAGAAGGGGGAAGCGAAGGGGGAAGAGAAGGGGAAGAGAAGGGGGAUGAGAAGGGGGAAGCGAAGGGGGAAGAGAAGGGGGAAGAGAAGGGGGAAGAAGGGGGAAGAGAAGGGGGAAGAGAAGGGGAAGAGAAGGGGGAAGAGAAGGGGGAAGAGAAGGGGGAAGAGAAGGGGGAAGAGAAGGGGGAAGAGACGGGGGAAGAGAAGAAGGGGGAAGAGAAGGGGGAAGAGAAGGGGGAGGAGAAGGGGGAGGAGAAGGGGGAAGAGAAGGGGGAGGAGAAGGGGGAGGAGAAGGGGAGGAGAAGGGGGAAGAGAAGGGGAAGAGAAGGGGGAAGAGAAGGGGGAAGAGAAGGGGGAGGAGAAGGGUGAAGAGAAGGGGGAAGAGAAGGGGGAAGAGAAGGGGGAAGAGAAGGGGGAAGAGAAGGGGGAGGAGAAGGGGGAGGAGAACGGGAAAGAGAAGGGGGAGGGGGAAGAGAAGGGGGAAGAGAAGGGGGAAGAGAAGGGGGAGGAGAGGGGCAAAGCAAUGACUGGCCGCACACCAGACACUUGAAGCAGGCCGCCUUGAUGUCUGGGAU